AUGGCUUUGGACUUUAGGAUAGUGUCGAAGGUGCGGUCAGCUCGUCAUGGACGACUCAGGUUAUCACAUGCUGAUGUUGAUACUCCGGUAUUUAUGCCAGUUGGAACACAAGGAACUAUGAAAGGUUUAUUGCCGGAACAACUAUCAAGAAUGGGUUUUCGUUUGAUGUUGUGUAAUACGUAUCAUAUGGGCCAUAGGCCUGGUCACAAAAUUGUUCGCAAAGCUGGUGGUCUUCAUUCCUUUAUUAAUUGGCCAUAUUCUAUUCUUACUGAUUCUGGUGGCUUUCAGAUGGUUUCAUUGAAUGAUUUGAUGAAUGUGGAAGAGAAAGGGGUCAAUUUCGAAAGUCCGCAUACUGGCGAGAAGAUGAUUUUGAGUCCUGAAGCAAGCAUACAGAUACAGGAAGAUUUGGGAGCUGAUAUUGUAAUGCAGUUAGAUCAUGUAAUACAUGUAUUUCAUGAAGGACCUAUCGUUGAAGAAGCAAUGGAACGAUCGAUAAGGUGGUUGAAACGUUGUCGCAAUGCGCAUACGAGAAAAGAUCAAGCUUUAUUUCCUAUUAUACAGGGUGGUUUAGAUCUUUCUCUUCGUAAAAAAUGUACUGCAGCUAUGGUUCAACAGGCGGAAACGGGUAUUGCAAUUGGUGGCUUAAGCGGUGGAGAAGAUAAAAAUUCAUUUUGGAGAAUUGUUGCAUGCUGUUGUAAGAAUUUACCGGAACAUCUGCCACGAUAUGUGAUGGGUAUUGGAUGGCCAAUUGAUUUAGUAAUUUGCUCAUUACUGGGUGCUGAUAUGUUUGAUUGUGUUUACCCAACACGUACUGCAAGAUUUGGUACAGCAAUUGUACGACGUGGUGGUAUGCUGCAUCUUACUCGAAGUGAAUUUGAAAAUGAUUUUCGACCAAUUGAUGACAGUUGUCCAUGUCAUUCUUGUCAGUGUUAUACACGAGCCUAUAUUCAUUCCAUAUUGAGUCAGGAAACUGUUGCAUGUCAUAUUAUCUCAGUGCAUAAUCUGCAGCAUCAUGUCGAUCUCAUGAAACGAUUGCGUAGUGCAAUUGACACAAGUACAGUGCAAGAAUUUUUAAACGAAUUUUUGUUGGAACAAUUUCCCGAUGGUAAUAUACCGAAUUGGGUACGUAAUGCAGUUGCUCAUAUGCGUUAUGAAAUUUAA